AGCCAGCGCGCGGGCGGAAGGGAGUCCCCCCCUGACGCGGACGAAGGGCGGAAGUAGGGGCGGAGUUGGCGUCAGAGCGAGGGCGGAAGUGGCGGCGCGCGGGCAUGGAGCCGUCGGCGGAGCAGCAGCAGCUCCGCAGUCUGCGGGAUUUCCUGCUGCUCUACAACCGCAUGACCGAGCUGUGCUUCGCGCGCUGCGUGGCCGACAUGGACUGCCGGCCGCUCACCCACCCCGAGGACUCGUGCGUGGAGCGCUGCGCGGUCAAGCUGGUGCGCGCCAACCACAGCCUGAUGCGCGCCUACGUGCGGCUCAUGCCCGCCCUCGUGCAGCGCCGCGCCGCCGACCUCGAGGCCGCCGCCGGGAUCGACACCGGGACCGGGACCGACACCAACGUGUUGCAGCGGGCGCCGCAAUAAACCGUCCCCCUUCCCCCCA